AAGUUUUUUUUAUGAUGAAGUAACAACAUUCAGAUUAUUUUGCUAUGUUUUUGCUUAUUUGUGUUAAAUUCAUGUUGUGCUUUUUAAGACCUGAAGCAUCUGUGGAGUUCAGAGACGCGAACCAGAUAUGUAAAUGUACAGGAAGAGCGGUGCGCUGCUCUCCUCCCACUUGCAGCCUGUGUGCAUAAAUAGCAGCUUCGACACAGAGAGAUGAAUUUCAUCCUCACUGGAUAACAACCCAGAGUCCUGGUGUCCUGAAGCAGACUGUAUUGACAGACAAACAAUGGCAGAUGAAGUCUUUAAGAAAGAGUUCCUGGACGCACAUAAUGCCUACAGGGCUCAGCAUGGUGCUCCAAAACUGACCUACAACAGCGAGCUGAACGCUGAAGCACAGAAAUGGGCUGACCAUCUUCUGGAGAGCAAGCUGUUGGGACACAGUGAUACUGAAGAUGGAGAAAAUGUCUUCUAUUCAUUCAAUUCACAGAAAGUUACACCAGAAGGAAGCCAAGCUGUAGAUGCUUGGUACAGUGAAAUCAAGGAUUAUAACUUCAGCAAACCUGGACAGCAACCAAAAACUGGACAUUUUACCCAGGUGGUUUGGAAAAGCACCACGGAGCUUGGUGUUGGCUUGGCCACUGAUGGUCACACUGUCUUUGUGAUUGGGCAAUACCGCCCAGGUGGGAACAUAACGAACAAAGGUUACUAUGAAAACAACGUUCUUCCAAAAAGCUAAAGAAUAAAAGCUGUGCAGCGAGCUGCCAGCAGAGGACGGACUGCUGCAGGUUACACCUCCAGUGAGAGGAAGUCAGCUGAGGGGAAAAGAAAUUGGAUACUUCUGGUGAUGGGAAGGGGAGAGUCUUUUUUUCUUUCUUUCUUUUUAAUUAUGACAUACAGAAUAGUGUAAUUAGUGAUCUGGGCAAAAUGAACAAAGCUUCAAAUAAAUCUUUUCCUGGAAA